AGGUUUACUUUUCAAAGUAGAGGCGCCUCACUUCAAAAGAUGAGGAAUGAGCAUGAUUUUGUACUUUUCACUUUUCACAUAUAGGACAGUUUUAGACUUUUUCCUAUAUAAGGCAUCCGCAUUAUUCAGUUCUACAGAUUUGUAAUAUAACCAUUAAUAGGCAAUGAUAAUUCAAUACAGUCUACUACUAUGUGUUCUUAACAUACUUGUAUUUUCAGUUCUGCAGAUCAUGGGAACAACCAAAAUUCCUGGAAUUGUCGUGUUCGGAGAUUCCACUGUUGAUGCAGGCAAUAACAAUCACAUCCCAACCUUGGCGAAAAGUAACUUUCUACCAUACGGUCAAGAUUUCGAAGGUGGAAAACCCACUGGACGGUUUUGCAACGGCCGGUUGCCCACUGAUUUCCUGUCAGAGUUGUUAGGGAUCAAACAUUCUGUACCCGCAUAUCUGGAUCCAGCUUUUGGCAUUGAAGACUUUGCCACCGGAGUUACCUUUGCAUCAGCUGCAACUGGUUAUGAUGUUGCUACUUCAAAUGUGUUAUCUGUGAUACCUCUAUCUGAACAACUGGAAUACUUCAAAGAGUACCAGAAGAGGUUAACAUCCUUUCUUGGGAAGGAUAGGGCAGUGAAGGCAGCAAGAGAAUCAUUGUACUUUAUCAGCAUUGGAACGAACGAUUUCAUCGAGAAUUACUUCACACUGCCCGGACGAUCAUCCGAUUUUACGGUGGAUGAAUACGAGAAUUUUCUCCUUGGUAUUGCGAGAAAUUUCCUUACUGAGCUUUAUAGUUUGGGUGCUAGAAAAUUAGCACUAGCCGGGCUUCCUCCUAGUGGUUACUUACCAAUAGCAAAAACUGUGAAUCACGUUUCUGGAAGACCAAAUUUGGAAGAGUUAAACAAAGCUGGUAAAGAAUUCAAUGUCAAGUUACAAAAUUUGUUGGCAAGUUUGAGUAAAGAGCUCAACGGGAUCAAAUUGGUGUACGCUGAUAUCUACAAUCCUCUUCUACAUAUCAUUCAAAAUCCAGAUCGAUACGGAUUUGAGAACGUAGAGGAAGGAUGCUGCGGAACAGGAAAAAUUGAGCUUGGAAUUUUGUGUGAAUCGGCUUGUACCGACCCGAGCAAAUAUGCAUUUUGGGAUGCAGUACACCCAAGUGAAAAGGUUUACGGCAUAGUAGCCAACAUAUUGAUGAAUAAGACCGUACCUCAGCUUUUUAAGUAAUGGAGGAUGGGGCUACUUUAUAAAUUCAUUUGAAAGAGACAUGAUUGUAGAUUAAGAAAAAACACUUCGAUAUCUUAAAUAUCCAUCUAUAUUCCUAUUUUACCAUUUUAUUUUAUGAAAGUAAACAAAACCACUAGAAAACAUAUUUCUAAAUGUAAUAACAUUAUUUAUGCAUUACAAUAAGAAAAAGGGUGUUUUACAGAA